CGCUUGGCCUACCCCUAUUUCAUUUAACGUAGGGUCUGUUCACGUGUGGUUGUGUGUCGCUAAUUUUAUUAGUAUCACACACCACUCGAUAAAAUCUUUGUCAAAAAACUAAAAAAAAUAACAAAAAAAAUAUAAAAUAACAAAAUCCCCCCAUAAAAAUUGCAAACGGUUUUAGAAACAGAAGUAUAAAAGAAGCAAGUUUGUGUUCGUGACAUUGUUGGUGUAACUUGGCUGCAAAAUGAAUCCCAGUGGCCCUAGCUAUCCUUUAGCCUCCCUUUAUGUUGGAGAUCUCCAUGCAGACUGCACAGAGGCCAUGCUUUUUGAGAAGUUCUCCUCUGCUGGCCCUGUGCUGUCUAUCCGUGUGUGCAGAGACAUGAUCACCCGUCGUUCCUUGGGCUAUGCAUAUGUCAACUUCCAACAACCGGCAGAUGCUGAGCGUGCACUGGACACGAUGAAUUUUGAUGUAAUGAAGGGUCGUCCCAUCCGUAUCAUGUGGUCACAGCGUGAUCCCUCGCUUCGAAAAUCUGGAGUUGGCAAUGUUUUCAUCAAAAAUCUAGACAAGUCAAUUGACAACAAAGCCAUGUAUGACACCUUUUCAGCCUUUGGCAAUAUUCUCAGUUGUAAGGUUGCUACUGAUGAGGCUGGAAAUUCCAAAGGCUAUGGUUUUGUUCAUUUUGAGACAGAGGAAGCAGCUAGAAAUGCCAUCCAAAAAGUCAAUGGUAUGUUGCUUAAUGGCAAGAAGGUUUAUGUAGGGAAGUUCAUCCCUAGGGCAGAACGUGAGAAGGAGUUAGGAGAGAAGGCUAAGCGUUUCACUAACGUGUACGUGAAGAACUUCGGAGAUGACCUAGACGAUGAAAAGCUGUACGAAGUUUUCUCGGCAUUUGGCAAGAUUACCAGUCAUAGAGUAAUGUGCAACGAGGAUGGCAAGUCAAAAGGUUUUGGCUUCGUUGCAUUUGAAGAACCUGAAGCUGCAGAAAAGGCAUGUGAUGAAUUCAAUGGCAAAGAAAUGAAUGGCAAACAGAUUUAUGUAGGAAGAGCCCAGAAGCGAGGGGAAAGACAAGCUGAAUUGAAAAAGAAAUUCGAGAUGAUGAAGAUUGAGCGCAUGAACAGAUACCAGGGUGUCAACCUUUAUAUCAAGAACCUGGAUGACACCAUUGAUGAUGAAAGGUUGCGCAAGGAAUUCUCCAACUAUGGUACAAUAACCAGUGCCAAGGUAAUGACUGAAGAUGGGCGUUCCAAGGGUUUUGGAUUCGUUUGCUUCUCCACCCCAGAGGAAGCAACACGUGCUGUUACAGAAAUGAACGGGAGAAUCUUAGUUAGUAAGCCCCUAUAUGUUGCCUUGGCACAACGUCGUGAAGAUCGUAAGGCACAUCUUGCUUCGCAGUACAUGCAACGUGUUGCUGGGAUGCGCAUGCAACAGAUGGGACAAAUGUUCCAACCUGGUGGCACUAGUUACUUCAUGCCAACCAUGCCUCAGGCUCAACGAUUCUAUACACCACAAAUGGCCCAAAUUAGAGCUACCCCACGCUGGCCUGCUCAACCUGCUGCACAGGUGCGAGCAGGUGCUCAGGCAACCACUGCUUUUCCCAUGCAGGCAGCACCCUUCAGGUCUGCUCCUCGUCAAGCGCAGCCAGGUCCCCGCAGUGUCCGUCCUAUGGCUGCUGCUGCUGCAGCUGCUCAACAGCAGCAAAUUCCAAACUUGCUUCAGGCAGCUAGGCCUGUUGCACCAAACGCUGGAGGAGUACCACCACCUAGUGCGCUCUCUAAUGCUGCAAGAGCUUCCAACUACAAAUACACCAACAACAUGCGUAAUCCUCCUACAGUUUCAGGUGGUGGGCCAGCUGCUGCUGCCGCUGUGGCUCCCGUUACCCAACCUGCUGUCCAUAUUCAAGGCCAGGAGCCACUUACACCAUCAAUGUUGGCUUCUGCCAUGCCCCAGGAGCAGAAACAGAUGCUUGGGGAGCGUUUGUUCCCACUUAUUCGUGAAAUUUACCCUGAACUUGCAGGAAAGAUUACAGGCAUGUUGCUGGAAAUUGAUAAUUCUGAUCUCCUUCAUAUGCUGGAGGAUCGCAAUUCUCUCAAAGCCAAGGUUGAAGAAGCAGUGGCAGUGUUGCAGGCUCACCAAGCUAAGCAACAAGUCGUAGCUGUGGCUGUAGCAGCCCAGAAGAAAGAAGACAUGUAAAUUUCAUCAUGCAGUCCCUACCAUCAAACAUUUUUGCUGCAGUACUUUGCUUGAUUUAGUUUUCGACUUGUGCCCUGUCAUUGGAGUUUUAAUUUUAUUUUCAAUUUUUUAAAGGUCUAUUGGUUAUAGUAAAGGCCAUUAGUUAUUGUUUGCACGCUGUUUUGACUCCAAUAGAUAUGGCAUAAUUGUUUAGGUUCGACCACAACCACGUGAACAGUCUGUCAAGUAGGUGUUAAAUAUAAACAAAAAAUCUAAAAAAAAAUCGUAAAAUAAACCAAAAAAAUCUAAGACAAGUAACCUACUAUAACUGAAGAUGCUUAUAAUGUAACCUUUCUGUUCAUUAUAAUGCACUUCAACAAGGCAGGUCAGAACAAUGUCAACCAAGAGUGAAUAGCAAGGAAGCCGGUUUUAGUUGAUCAGUUCCGACAUGCCAGUUUUUAGUCUAAAAACAAAUGGUAAACAAAAUGUAAAACCUUUAUAUAAAAACUGAAAAUGCCCUAACAACGGGCGAAAAAUCCCAUAACAGUACCAUCUAUAAAAUACUAAAAAAACUUUGUAACAGUGUGCUAAGGAAACUUUUAAAUGGAAAUUGGCAACAAAUAAACUUCUGUUUCUAUAACCUUA